UUUGAAAGCCAGUCCAGGGAGGAGCCUUCCCUCUUAGCCUUCCGCUUCCAGGUAAAUCUGGAAGCGGAAGAACGGCAGUGAAGAGGUCCUGUGGCACAGCUGGUAGUACGACGAGUGAAACCUCCUCCAUCAUGAGUUCUGGUAGUGGAGAAACUACAACAGUGAAGACCGGGGAGGCUGCUGCUGCUGCUCCUGAUUCAGCACCAGCCAAACAGGACUGGAAGUGUCCCCUGGGUGACGCUCAUGUCCACCGGGAAGAUGUGAGGAAGGUGUGGAAAGAGUGCCAAGAGGAAAGCUUCUGGUACCGAGCUCUGCCACUGUCUGUGGGCAGCAUGGCUGUCACUGGCGGUCUCAUCUACAAUGGUGUUUGGAAAUCGUCAGCAAGGUUUGGCCCUUUCCCCAAACUAGCAGUUGCGGGGCUCCUCGGGUUCACAGUGGGAAAAGCUUCGUAUGUUGGAACUUGUCGAAGCAAGUUCCAGGAGCUCGGUAUUAAAGACGGCCCGGGAACCGGGCCCUGGUCCAGAAGAGGUCCGCCCGGUCCAGGACACAGACGUUGCCAUCAUGAGUGUGACGAAUGCAAGAAAAAACCUCAAGCUGUGCCAGCAGAGCAAGCCUAAAGUUAAACGUGCACAACGCUAAGCUCAACGAAAUGAGUUUAGCGUUCUUACAAAAAUGAGAGCCCAGCAUCACCAUGGAAGGAAGCAGCUGUGUUCAUUUACCUGUUGCAGCAUGUCUGGAUAUCGAAUGUGAAUGUCCUCCGUGGAAGCUUUCUAGUGUCCACUAGUGUGUCUUUUUUUUUUUUUUUUUUUU